AUGGACAGAUAUGAAGGUGCGGAAUUUCGAUUACCACCACUUAAAGGCAUAUUGGAAUCAGAUUUUCGAAUACCUUUCAUUUCUUAUUUUCUUUUAUUUCAAAUUAUUGGGUAUUUCAUUCGGAUAUAUGCAUGGAAGAGCUACAGCGGUUUCAAGCAGUAUCGAUUGCGCAAUUUAACAUUAUGUCUAUUUCAUUCAAGUAUUAGUGGCAUGUGGUCAUUUAUAUUUUCCAUAACCCAUCAGCGAGUAAUGCUGGAAGAGACAAUACAUUGGUAUGGUACAUGGGGUGCACAACUUCCAGUUCUAUCUAUGGCAUAUUUUAUCUGCGAUACAAUCGAUAUGUUAAGACAUGAAAUCUCAAAAUGGACCAUUGAACUACUAUUUCAUCAUGCUGCAAGCGUAUUUGUUUUUGCUUCAGCUGUUCUUUCUCGUAAAUUCAUACCUUACGCUUAUUGGGCUCUUUUAAUGGAAAUUAAUAGCAUCUUUUUGCAUCUUCGUUCAUUAAUGCAAAUCACUGGCUAUAGCAUUUUGAGACAAAGUGUUUUUCGAGUUAUUCAAUUUACAAAUAUUAUUACAUUUGUAUUAUUUCGAUUUGCUGUACAAAUAUGGCAAAUAAAUUGGGCAUGGAUAAAUCGCCAUCAUUUUCAUAUCUUUUAUUUGGGAAUUGCAUUAAUUGGUGGAGCAUUCUUUUUCAUCAUUAAUAUCAUUUUAUUUCUACGAAUUUUGGCAUCUGAUGGAUAUUUGGGAGAAUUUGGCCGACAAUACACAGCCAUUAAUCGCGAUUCUCAAAAAUCAAUUCACAUUAUGGAAGAUACGAAAAAUAGUUGA